AGUUUCAACGAUUUGGCCGCUGUAGGAAACCCAAAUCCGCAUACGCGUGCUAUGGAUUCGCUUGACAUUGCACCGACUCGAUUCCUUCCGCAGCCUCUCUAUAGAGCCCGCUUAGAGUCUGAUGAAUUGAUCAAACUCAAGCUGACCGAACGGCAGGCAGAGUACUGCACUUGGAAAAGCCUCCGCGUUUUCAUCGGUACUUGGAAUGUGAACGGUUGCCAAAACAGUCGCAUCCACCUUGACCAUUGGUUACAGCCCCCCAAAAACCAACCACCGGCUGACAUCUACGUUUUUGGGUCAGUGUACCAUUCGCGUCUUGCAUGCCAGGUGAAUCUGGAUUCUGAACCACCUCAAUUAGAUUGUCUUAUAUCAGGUUUAUGUAAAAGCCUCCAAGAGCUUGACCUCAGCCUGGGCGGAAUGGCCCUCAACAAGAUGACUUCCUCGAGCAUCGAAGACCGUUGGCUGGCCCAGUUAGAGAGUGCCGUCGGUGGUCUUCUUCAACCUCCACCACCGACAGCUGGCAACUUAGACAGCAGCCAUUUACAGAUGGCUGCAGUUGCCGUAUCGAUAGACUCAUCAAAUGGUCUCAGCGGUGGUCAGAUGCAAUUGUCUGGUAGUUCGUCGAACCUUUCGUGCAAUGGUUCUUUAGCCCUGGAUACUACUUCCUCACCAAUCCUUGAACGGCAGCGCAGCUAUCAUGCCAAGUGGGCCUCUCGAACAGGAGGAGGUUACUAUCGCCUCUCACGCAUUCGAUUGGCCGGAAUCCUGAUGGUCGUCUAUGUGUCGGCUCGAGCCUCUCGCCUCGGCCAUGUCUCCGAAAUCUCGGUGCAAGCCGUACCCACCGGAAUGUUCAAUGUUAUGGCGAUUGGAAGUGAUUUGUAA